ACUGAAACUGAAACUGAAGCUAAUUUCUCCAUCGCUUGGGCUACCACUCAAGUCAAAAACAGCAGCCAUCACACCACCUGCAAGCUACCUUCCUCUGCCGACACUUUUGUCAAACUCUUCACCCACAAAAUGCAUCCAUACCCAAUGUAAUUCAAGGUAAAAGCUUCAAAUUCCCCUAGUUUCUGCAAUCUUCUUUGUGAGCAUAGAUUUUAUUUUAUUAUUUUAUUUAGUUGGACGUGCCUCUUCUUUUUGGGAAUUCUUUUCUUUUGCUUUAAAGAUUCGAUUUUUAUGUGGGUUUUCUGAUUUUGGUUUUGUGGGUGUACUUGUUUACUCCUUAGAAUUGGGAUGACUGUCAAAAAAUACAGACCAAAUGUUUAUCUUAUUCGUUUCACAUGCGCAUAGACACACAGACAUGUUGAAUCCUGCCUUCAUCAAUGUUAAGAGUAAGGGGUGAGAUAUCCAAUUGUACGUGUAGCUAAUUAACUUGCAUGGAAAUAAAAAAAAUAAAAAUAAAAAUAAAAAUGAAUAAAGCAAGGAACUAGUUUCUUGAUAUUAGGAAAUGACUUUUGCAACAUAAUUGGCAAACAUAAAGAUUGUAACCUAGUUGUUUUGGUUCUUUAAGGUUGCGAGUAGCGACUAUCUAUUGGACUCUUAUCUCGAACUCCUUUUGUAGCUUUGGAUCAAAUCCAAAUGAAUACUUGUCGUACUCAGAGAAAUUUCAAAGUUCCAACCCAUUCUCUAAAGCAUCAUACGAAUAUGGAAAAAGAAAAGUGGUUGCCUACACUUUUGUCAAACUCUUCACCCACAAAAUGCAGCCAUACCCAAUGUAAUUCAAGGUGAAGAUCAAACAGGAAACCAUGACAGAAACCGUUGUGACCCUUGUCAUCAACGAGCUAGUUCAGUUGAUCGUUCAUGAAUCAAAAUUGCUACGGGGUGUCCACAAGCAAGUUGAGGACAUUCGAGAUGAACUAGAGAGCAUCCAAUGUUUUCUCAAAGAUACAGAUAAAGGAGGAGACCUCCAAGAUGGUGUCAAAACGUGGGUGAAACAAGUGAGAGAAGUAGCAUAUCAUAUAGAAGACGUAAUAGAUGAAUACGUUCUUCACAUGGCACAACGUCUUCAUCAGCAAAGUUUUCUUGCUUUUCUCCAUAAAAUUGGUCGUUUAUUGAAAAAAAUAAAACCACAUCAUGACAUAGCUACCAAGAUUCAAGAUAUCAAACUAUUAGUCCGUGAAAUCAAGGAACGAAGAGAAAGAUAUGGUUUUAGUUCCUCAGAUCAAGGAUCAAGUAGUAGAGCAACAAAUGUUACAUGGCAUGACCCUCGAGUGGGUUCACUUUUCAUUGAGGAAGAUGAAGUUGUGGGUAUUGAGCCUACGAGGGAUGAACUCGUAAGUUGGUUGGUGGGGGAAGUAUCUAAACGCUCUGUCAUUUCAGUGGUAGGCAUGGGCGGAAUUGGUAAGACAACUCUUACAAAGAAAGUAUAUGAAAAUGAAUCAGUCAAGGGACAUUUUGAUUGCCGGGUUUGGGUCACUGUGUCUCAGUCAUACAACGUGUCAAAGAUACUCAUGUCCAUGACAAAGCAAAUCUACCAGGCAAAAGUAACUACUCCGGGGAAAAUAGACAUGACAGAUGAGAUCACACAAAUUAGCCAGCUGAGGAAAUGUUUACAGCAAAAGAGGUAUAUUGUGGUUUUUGAUGAUGUCUGGAAGAUAGAGUUUUGGGAAAUUGUGAAACAUGCUUUACCAUGCAAUGACAGAGGCAGUAGGAUUAUCAUCACAACACGCAAUGAUCUCAUUGGUGUUUCUUGUAAAGAAUCUUUAUAUGAUCAAGUGCACAAGCUACAACCUCUAUCUCAAGACAAGGCUUGGGAAUUGUUUUGCAAAAAGGCAUUCCAGACUGAGUUUCAAGGGGGUUGUCCAAGAGAGCUGGUGACACUGUCGAUGGACAUUGUCAGAAAAUGUGAAGGCCUCCCACUUGCAAUAGUUGCCAUAGGUGGUCUUCUGUCAACAAAGGAGAAGGUGCCGUUAGAAUGGAAAAAGUUGAACGAUAGCCUCAAUUUUGAGCUAGAAUGUAAUCCCCACCUUACAAGUAUCACUAACAUUCUCUCUCUCAGUUAUCAUGAUCUUCCGUGCUAUCUAAAGUCAUGCUACUUGUACUUCAGCAUUUUUCCGGAGGACUACUCAAUCGAUUGUUUUAGAUUAAUUUGGCUAUGGGUAGCUGAGGGCUUUAUAGAAGGGAAGAAGGGAAAACCAUUGGAAGACGUAGCGAAAGAAUACUUAAUGGAGCUCAUCCAUAGAAACUUGGUUCAAGUUUCAUUUGGGGAACUUGAUUAUGAUAUAUACAGAAAGUGUAGAAUCCAUGAUCUGCUGCAUGAAAUCAUCCUAUCAAAGGCUGAAGAGUUGAAUUUAUGUCAAGUUUUUGAAGCAAGUAACACAACUUUCCGUGGGAAAAGUCGGUGCCUUUCAAUCCACGAUGCUAGAGAAAAUGUUUUUGAGACAAGUGAGUACUCUCGGGUUCGUUCUAUUUUUCUCUUCAACACUAACAAAAUUCCUAGGUCUUUCAUAGUUAAAUUGUUCAAAAAGUUCAAGCUUUUGAAAGUGUUGGAUUUUGAAGAUGCUCCUAUAGAUUAUCUUCCUCAAGAAGUGGGGAAUUUAUUCCACUUGAAGAACUUAAGUUUGAGGAGAACAAAAGUGAAAAUGCUUCCAAAGUCAGUAGGUAGACUACAGAACCUACAAACACUAAAUGUCGUGGAAACCGCAAUUCGUGAACUACCAAUUGAGAUAUUAAGGAUUUAUAAGCUGAGACAUCUUUUGGCUCAUUCUCAUGACUUCGAAAUUAAAAAAUAUAGCUUUCAUUCUGAGCGAGGAGUAAAAAUACAUGAAGGGUUUGGAUGUUUAAACAAUUUGCAAACACUAGUAAUUAUUGAGGCAAAUCAUCAUGGGGAUGGUCUAUUUGAAGAGCUUGGAAAGUUAAGUCAAUUGAGGAUUUUGGGUAUUUCAAAGAUGACUGCAGAACGUGGGAGGGCUCUAUGUACCUCCAUACAAAAUAUGGUCCACCUUAAAUCUUUGUUUGUAUUCUCAAUUAGUGAAGAUGAGAUUAUAGACUUACAAUCAAUUUCAUCAUCACCUCCAUUUCUAGAGCAUAUCCAUCUAUGGGGGCGAUUGAAGAAGUUGCCCAACUGGAUUCUGAAGCUUCAGAAUCUGGGCACACUAGUCUUAUUUUUUUCAUCAUUGAAGGAAGAUCCAUUGUCGUGUGUCCAGGUUUUGCCAAAUCUAGUUACCCUUUCUCUCAUUCAUGCUUAUGAUGGGGAGCAUCUGCAUUUUGAGGAAGGUGGUUUUCGAAAACUCAAGAAGCUUAUACUUAGAGAGUUGAAAAAAUUGAAGAUGGUAGAAAUAGACAGGGGAUCACUGCCCAGUCUUGAGCAACUAGAGAUUGGGCCAUGCCCACAGAUGAAGGAGCUACCCUCUGGAAUCCAGGACCUGGAAAGCCUAAAGAUUCUUGACUUCUAUGAAAUGCAACGAGAAUUUGUCCUACGCAUGCAGCCUGAUACAGGCGAAGAUUAUUGGAAAGUCAAGAAGGUAACUAUUAUCCGUCUCAAGUAUAGGAUUAAAGGAGAACAAUAUCAAAUAUACAAGUUGGGUGACUUGGACUUGUUGGAGCGUCUACAAGAGUGAGUCUUGGAGGAUCAAACUGCCAUGUAGUUCAGUGAUAGACAAGGCAUGUGCCUCUAAGCCACAAGACUUCCAUGAAUUUUUAAUUUUUCUUUUUCUAGUUUUGUCAUAUGUAAUGCUAAAAUUCUUCACAUUAUGUGGCCGACUAAGCAAGACUUGCAUUGGCCGGUGAGUUCCAACCUAGGCUAAAGUUUGAAAUGUUACCACAACCUUUUACACUUUAAAUUAUGUUCCUUGUUUUUUUGUA